AUGCCCGUCCUGAACCCUUUUCUGCGCGCGCUCUUUCAGAGUAGUGUGCUAGGGUACGCUUUGCCCUCCCACAAUUAUGUCCUCCUGGUUCCCACGACCGAAUCCCUCCUGUAUGGCCAGGACCGUGAAACCAAUAAACGAUAUGUCGACCAGGUCGACGAUGAAGAUUUCCUGGGCAGUCAUAUCCUCCGAAUCGUGUCGAAUCCUCCAACGAAGGAAGGAAAUGUCCGCGACAGCCGUGGGAAGGCGAAGAAUUACUCGACCGUCAACGGAAGAACUGUGAUUCUGAAAGAGAAUGCCGUAUACACGAAUAAAGGGUUCAAGCAAUUGUCCCAAGCCACGUUGUUGAGCGAUCUUUUGUACUACUCUCCAGGAAAUGAUAUGCAACAAUGGCUGGUCUACUAUAUCACCAAACCUCUGACGGGUGUCUUCGAGGCCCUCCCCAUCAAGGCCGCGGUCAUCGGAGAGAACAAACUUCCAUCAUCGCCGCCUGCCGCAUCCUCGGAGCCUCCGACACCGAAAAAGAAAGAUGUCAAGACUUUUAGCGAGCUUCUCGACAACUUCCCCAUGAUUCAACGACAAAUGCAACCGGGCCUGGAGAGAUUAUUCAACGAGUUUGGCAAGGAGUUGGGCAAGCCUCUUCCGCCGCCUCCUUCCCGCAGUCCGACCGCAAGUUCUCUCGACGGGACGACCGCGGCCUCGGAAAAUGGAUCAAUUAAAUCCAAUGGGUCGGUGAAAUUGCCAUUCCAUUCUGCGACAUAUUUUGAGGACGAGGAGGAUCUUAUGCGGAGAGCCUUGGAGACUGCCGUCACCGCCGCGAUAGAUUUGUUUCAAGGAGUCGAUAAACAGCAGCUCUCGUAUCUGGGUGCCACCACUGAUUUGACCGGCCCCGACGUGGAGAAGUUGAUCGAGCGAUACGUCGCGGAGUCUGUCCACGACUCGUUACUAUUUCCACGGCUAUGCUCCUUUCACAAGACGCAAGAUCAAGAGCUUGAUCGACGGAUCCGGCAAUUGGAUUGCCUCGAUGUCUCUCAGGUGGGAAUCGCUCUUGAGGAUGGCAGGAAUGGCAAGCGGGAUCUGAUCAAUCGAAUUAAUCGCGGGGUCACGGUCUUUCGAAAGAUGGGAGUCGCUGGAAGUCCACAGGAAAUGUUGGAUAUCCUCCUCGAGACUCAGAAAGCCGUGUCCGAACCAGAAGGGGUAUCUGAUGAAGAAAAACGAGCGGUCGCGGCCAUGACCAUCAAUGCCGACAUGCUGGUGUCCUUACUCCUUCUCGUCGUCAUUCGAUCAUCCGUCCGACAUCUUCAAACGAGAUUGUCGUAUAUGCAACGGUUCAUCUACAUUGAAGACGUUGAAAGUGGUGAAAUUGGCUAUGCUUUAAGCACGCUGGAAGCCGUCUUGACGUAUUUGGCGCGAGAUGCGGCUGGGUUACGAAAAGCAUCGAAGCAGAAUCAAUUGCUUUGGAAUGCCAUCAAAGAGGGCAAAAUCGACGAAGUCAGAUCCAUUUUUGAGGCGUCCGCAGUCAUUGCCGACGAUCUUGUCGAAGAACCCGCAGAAGUUCCCCUCUCCAGAAUGACAACGGCCUCGACGCAGUCCUCAGAAAAGGGUAAUCUCUCGCGAACCUCUUCGAGUGAGGGUGGCUUGUCGCACGUUUUUCCGUUCCAAGCAACGGAGAGGAAAUCGUCCGUAUCCAAACAAAAGAAAAAGGUUCAGAUGGCGGCCCGAAGCAUGUCCAUCUCUUCGGCCCUCUCGUUAUCAUCGAGAGCCGCUACGAUCGAAACUACCCUGAGUGGGAUUGAAGGAGACACGUCGGUACAAAGUCUGGCACAAACUCAAGAUGCCAUCGGUAAUUCAGUCCUUAUGAUGGCAGUCGAACAUCAACAACCACAAUCCCUACGAUACCUUUUGAGCCUGUCCCAAUAUUAUGGUCCCGAAGAAGUUUUAACAGACGCUACGAACGAAGGCGCGACGUUGUUGAGUGCUGCUGUCCAACUGGCCAACACCGAGCUGGUGGAUAUCAUUCUCGACUAUGCUGGGCAGAACACCGACGAAGAAAGGUUUCGAAACUACCUUUCCAUCAGAGAUUCCCGAGGACGCAGCGUGGCGCAUUAUCUUUUCAAUACACCGCACUUGAUAAAGAGACUUGCCAACAUGCUGCCAUGGCGACAAAAGGACAAAAUUGGACACACGCCGCUGUUUGCCAUUUGUCGAACCUAUGAUCAUCCGGAUUAUAGCUGUAUGGUUUCGGAAGCUCUGAUGGCUGCAAAGAGUGCUCAACCAGACGACAAUCCGCUUCGGAUUGAGGAUCAUAUGGAUAAUAAAGGGAAUACCUUGCUUCACAUUGUCAACGAUGCCACCAUCAUGCAAAGAAUCCUGCAAUAUUGUGAGGUGGACUUGAAUGCCAUGAACGACAAGAAAUUUACCCCACUGAUGCUUGCCAGCAAAUAUGGUCGGGUUGAUAUGGUUCGAAUUUUUCUGGGCGAUCCCAGGAUCGACCUGCAUCUACGAGAGGCGAGAGGGUUGACUGCCGUGGAAUUGGCCAAAGACGACGAGGUUCGAAAUCGAAUUGACGACCUGACACUAUUUUCUCCCUCCAACACGGCAGAUGCGACAGGGAGGAUUACCGCGAUCGUUCGAUCCUUUUUCGUUGAGGACGGAUCCACGAGAUUCAUCCUCAAGUCCGGUGCGCCGAAUCCGGCCGUCUCGAGUACAACUUAUACGAUCACCACCAGUCGAAGAGGCCUCCAAGACUUUGAGAACUUGGCCAAGUGGCUUUCAAUGGAUUUCCCUGCUUCGUACAUGCCGACGAUUCUGGCGACGGAUUUCCGCAGUCCGUUCCAGCUACAUUCGAGACCCUCUCGAUCGGUCCUGCAUGAUACACAAACACAUCUUGAUCGAUUCUUGAAGAUCCUGAUGAAACAUCCCACCUUUUCAACGCAUGAAAUGUUGUGGGAGUUUUUCUUGGUUCCAGACAUGCUACCCGAACAAAUGGCCGAACGGGCCAAACUGAAAGCAGAAUUGAUUCAAGAAAAGAUUGCAGACGAUUACGACCCAUUAACUUCUAGAGCUGAUAUAAAUGCCGUUGAUUCGGUUGUGUCCCAUUCACGGGACAUCGUCAGAAAGGUUAAUAUUAGCACACACUCGGUCGUCAGACAGGGCCACGCCUAUGUCCAAGCUCAAGCAGACCUGGCAGAAUCUCUCAGCCUAUGUGCGGUAGCAUUUGCCACGAUGGGAUCUCCAGCGACCACAUUGUCCAAGCUGCACGUGGACAUUUUCCUAAAAUUUGCCGCCUUGAUGCAUACCGAGCGGGCCUCUUCACCACUUGCGAAUUACGUCUUGAGCCUCAACUCCUUUCAUUCGACCAUUGCUGCCGUUCAAUCCGCCCUCCUUAAGCCGAGCACAUUGAUCAGUCAAAUCGUGUCCACACAAAGGAACUUGGAAAAGAACAAGUCGAGCCUGAUCAAUAACUCGGGACCUCGCAAAGGGAUCAUGAACAUCAAUUUCCCCGGCACGGAAGAAAGUCGACUCAAGUCCAUCAAAGAUACGGAGAAGAAAAUCUUGCAGGCCGGGAUUGACAUUGAUCGACUCGGCAAGGAGUUGAGGUAUACGCAAGAAAUCGUGGUGGGGGAAUUAGCAGGUUGGACGACGUGGCGAGAAGAAUGGGGUAAAGAGGAAAUCAAACGAAUGGCGAGGAACACGGUGGUCAAGGAGAAGGAACGAUUGAGGUGUAUGCAGCGGGCUUUAAGGCUGCUGAAGGAAGGCUAG